AAGGAAGAGCAUUGUAUUGUUGAUGUUCAUUCACACAUGAAAAUAUGAGCCAGCAAGUAGUACUACGGUCUCUAAGACAUUGGGUUUUGCACUUUCACAACCACCAUCGCACUUCUCCCAAUGUUGCUGCACUAUUAUACCACCACCAAAUUCCUCUUCUAACUUCAUCAUCAUCAUCAACACUUACACAACCCACAAACACUCGUGAUUUCUCCUUAGCUUCUUCCCCUCGCGGAAACCUUCGAAGAGCCAAUGUUCCACUACCCAACACCACUACUACCCAAUUCAACGAAGAUGAAGAAGACCCUAACUUUAAGAGCCGUAACCAAUUGAAGCGUGAAGCUAAACGUGCUGUCAAAUGGGGAAUGGAUUUGUCUAACUUCUCUCCUCCACAAAUCAAACGUAUUCUUAGGGUGGUUUCUUUGGACCAAAUUGUCUACGAAGCACUUAUGUUGGUUAAGAGAAUGGGAUCAGAUGUCCGCGAAGGAAGACGGCGUCAGUUCAAUUAUAUAGGAAAAUUGCUACGGGACGUGGAACCGGAAUUAAUGGAUCGAUUAAUAAAAGCCACAAGGGAUUCUGAUCACAAGGAGCUGCAAGCUUUAACUGGCUUAGGGUCUGAUGAUUCUGUAGAUGAUGAUGAUAACUUGACAGAAACUGAAGACGAGGAGGAGGAUGAGGUUGAUGAUAAUCAAGUAACAAGGUGGUUUGAUGGUUUGGUCGAAAAGGACAUUCAAAUCACCAAUGAAGUUUAUUCAGUUCAGGGUGUUGAGUUUGAUCGUCAGGAGCUGAGAAAGCUCGUACGUAAAGUGCACUUUGUUCAAGAAAUGAAGGCUGCUAAUGAAGAAGAGGAGAAAAAAAUAGAGAAAGCAGAGAUUAGGGCUAAGAAGGCCCUCACUCGUUUCCUUCGUAGUCUUUCAAAGAAUAUUAGUAGUAUUGAAUAUUAACUAUACAUUGAAUUUUCAUACACGAUAUAUAUGGAAAUAUGUCUAUUCUUAAUAAUUUGAUUAGUGAAUAAUUUUGAAUUUUCAUAAUGAUUCAUCAUUAAAUUUAUGGUGCUUUACUCUUC